AUGACUAAGCCGUUAUUGUCCCAAUCUUUGAAACUGCCCGGCUACUCCAAGCACAAGAUCCCCAAUGGUAAAAUCGUCUCUAUCAUGUCUACAUAUCUACCAAGACUAGAAAUGGUCAUUAUGUUUCUUAUUCCACGUUCUUUCCAGUUGUAG